AUGCCAGAAAUGGAGAUAAAACGUAAAGCCGACGAUUAUUCUGUAGUGCCUGCUAAAAAAACCCGCCAUGAGAUUUCUGUGGUGGGAACAAGAGAAAAGGCUGUUGUAACCUCUAAUGUGCCAAGAACUUCAAACCUCUAUGCUCCAAUAAUGCUACUGGAAGGACAUCAGGGUGAAAUAUUUACGGCCAAAUUCCAUCCUGAGGGCAAGCACUUGGCAUCCGCUGGGUUUGAUAGGCAAAUAUUUCUAUGGAAUGUCUACGGUCAAUGUGAAAAUGUGAUGGUAAUGAAAGGACACACUGGAGCUAUUAUGGAGUUGUGUUUCUCUCCGGACGGGUCUCAUUUGUACACAUGCGCAACAGAUAACACGGUGGCUGUUUGGGACAUACCUACAGGCACCAGGAUUAAGAAGUUAAAAGGCCAUGCUAGUUUUGUGAAUUCUGUGUCAGGAGCAAGAAGAGGACCAGAAUUAUUAGUGUCAGCGUCAGAUGACAAUACAAUAAAGCUAUGGGAUGCCAGAAAAAGAAACCCCAUAGCUUCAUUUGACAGUGGUUACCCAGUCACAGCUGUACUUUUUAAUGAUACUGCAGAGAAGAUUAUAUCAGGGGGCAUCGACAAUGUGGUCAAAGUUUGGGACAUCAGGAAUAACCAGUUGUCUUAUAAAAUAAAGGGACAUACGGAUACUAUAACCGGUCUGUCGCUGUCAUACGAUGGUUCAUAUCUGUUAUCCAACUCAAUGGACAGCACCCUCCGCAUCUGGGACGUGCGUCCGUUCGCGCCAUCGGAGCGCUGCGUGAAACUGCUCUCGGGCCACCAGCACAACUUCGAGAAGAACCUUCUCCGCUGUGCCUGGUCUGCUGAUGGCUCUAAGGUGGCGGCAGGCUCAUCAGACCGCUUCCUGUACAUCUGGGACACGACAUCCCGCCGAGUACUGUACAAGCUUCCCGGACACAAUGGCGCCGUGAACGACGUCGACUUCCACCGUACAGAACCAAUCGUGCUCUCAGCAUCCAGCGACAAACAGAUAUAUCUCGGAGAGAUUGAUCAUGUAUAA